AGCGUCCAGAUCAGCGUGGAUUAAUUAAGAUGGGCCAAUCGUGGCUGAGGAUGUGGCAGUAAGUGAGAAGGAACACUGAGGCUGAGAUUAGCUGUAUUCCAAGGACAAAGCAACAGACACGCUACCCUACGCAAGAUACUGACUAACAGGAAGUGACUCGAUGGACGUGAUUCCUUAGCAACACUGAUCUUUUAUUUACAUUCAGAUUUGCCUUUAAAAAAAUAAAAAAUAAAAAUUGUUAUAGUCUUGCCUUUAGGGAAGCCCCGAUGGCGUCACGGUGUGUGACCACAGUGGAGCUGACAGUGUCUUGUGAGGACCUGCGUAACAGAGACCUGGGCUCCAAAUCUGACCCCCUGUGUGUCCUUUUCGAGAGCACUUGUGGGGACCAGUGGCUUGAGGUGGAUCGCACAGAGAGGGUCCAGAACUGCCUCAGCCCUCAGUUUGCCAAGAGGCUCACGGUGCACUACUACUUUGAGAUUGUGCAGAAGCUGAAACUCGCGAUCUACGACAUCGACAACGAAACCACAGACCUCAGCGACGACGACUUCCUGGGCGAACUGGAAUGCACCUUGGGUCAGAUCGUGUCCAGCAGGAGGCAGACACGCCCCCUUUUUCUGAAGCACAAGAGACCUGCGGGAGAGGCUACAAUCACUAUCAGUGCAGAGGAAGUCAAAGAUAACCGGGUGGUGUGCUUCGAGGUGGAGGCGAGUAACCUGGACAACAAAGAUUUCUUUGGGAAAUCGGACCCAUUUCUGGAGAUCUACAGACAGACAGAGUCUGGCUGGCAGCUGGCCCACAGGACAGAGGUUGUUCAAAACUCCCUGGAUCCUGUGUGGAGGCCCUUUCGAAUUCCCCUGCAAAGCUUGUGUGGGUGUAACGUGGAGCAACCCGUGAAGGUGGAAUGCUAUGACUUUGAUGCUGAUGGUUCUCAUGAGCUGAUUGGCUCAUUUGAGACUGACCUUAUUCAGCUUCAGCAAGCUUCAUGGGCUUCACCUGCAGAGUUUGAAUGUGUGAACAGCGCAAAGAAAGAGAAGAAGAAGAGCUACACCAACUCGGGCAUAGUGAGCGUCAGACUGUGUCAGGUUGUGAAGGAUUACAGCUUCCUGGACUAUAUCAUGGGCGGAUGUCAAAUCAACUUCACUGUGGGCGUGGACUUCACGGGCUCCAAUGGUGAUCCACGCUGCCCAGACUCCCUGCAUUACAUCAGCCCCGAUGGCUUCAACGAGUACCUGGCAGCCAUCUGGUCAGUGGGGACGGUCAUUCAGGACUAUGACAGUGACAAGAUGUUCCCGGCGUUUGGAUUCGGAGCCCAGGUUCCCCCAACGUGGGAGGUCUCUCAUGAGUUCCCCCUCAACUUCAAUCCCGCCUCUCCGUUCUGCGCAGGAAUCGAAGGGGUGCUGGAAGCCUACAGAAGCUGUCUGCCGCACAUCCAGCUGUACGGGCCCACAAACUUCUCCCCCAUCAUAAACCACGUGGCCCGUUUCGCGGUCCGGGCGGCCCAGCAGGAAACAGCCUCGCAGUACUUCGUCCUCCUCAUCAUCACCGACGGCGUGAUCACCGACCUGGAGGAGACCCGCGCGGCCAUCGUGAACGCCUCCCGGCUGCCCAUGUCCGUCGUCAUCGUGGGGGUGGGCGGGGCCGACUUCGGCGGCAUGGAGUUUCUGGACGGGGACGACGGCCCCCUGCGGGCGCCCACGGGAGAGGCGGCGUCCCGCGACAUCGUGCAGUUCGUGCCUUUCCGCCACUUCCUGGGCGCCCCCAUGGAAGCGCUGGCUCAGUGUGUGCUGGCUGAGAUCCCGGCCCAACUGGUGUCCUACUUCCACAUGCUGGGACUGAGCCCACCUAAUGACCCCACCCCCGCCCUCACUACUGACCUGCCCCUGCACCCCUAGCCCCACCUCCAACCUCAGUACUGGCCCGCCCCGACACCCCUAACUCCACCUCCACCCUCACUACUGACCUGCCCCUGCACCCCUAACCCCGCCUCCACCCUCACUACUGACCCGCCCCUACACCCCUAACUCCGCCUCCACCCUCACUACUGACCCGCCCCUACACCCCUAACUCCGCCUCCACCCUCAGUACUGACGUGACCCUACACCCCUAACUCUGCCUCCACCCUCACUACUGACCUGCCCCUACACCCCUAACCCCGCCUCCACCCUCACUACUGACCCGCCCCUACACUCCUAACUCCAUACCUACCCUCAUCACAGACGUCCUCUGAAAUUCCUCACACCUUUAUCUUUGCAGUUUACCAGCAGGUGGCAGCAAUGAGCACAAAGCAAAUGGCAGUCCAAAGAAAAACAUUCCUUUGCAUUUUCAGCUUUUGUCAUGAUCAUGCAUUUUAGCCUCAGGCGUACACACACACACACACUGCAAGGUAGAAUUUCAUAUUUUACCCUUUUAAAGAAAGACAAAGUUGGUCAUGUUUUAUGCUAGUUUUCUUCCAUUUCAAACUGAAAUAGAAGUAAGAUACGUACAUGCAAGUAAGUUUUAACCAGUGGGAACACAUGGCUUCUCGAAACGGCAAUUUCAUUUUGCGUGACUAAGACUAAUGACCUCUCCCACGCGACCUGUGGGAGUCGCUCAAAGGACAGAUGCCAUUCUAGACUGCGUUUUGAUGGGCGCACUGGAGGAAUUUACAAUGCUGAUUUAAAAGAAUACACUCGCGUGGGCGGGCCGGGUGCCUCCUCCAUUAUGAAGUGACGCACGCAACUUUGAGAGUCGAUAGAGAAGGCAGAAUGACUGUUCCAUUCAACGCGGGCCUUUGUGCAGAGUGAAGAUUUUGUGUGCGGAAAUAGCCACACUGUAAUAAGCUAGAUACUGCGGUGGGCGCUGACCUAUGACUCACAGUCCUAAUUGGUUUGAAUAUAGACCCCGCUCAGCUGGAGGUGAAGAGAAUUUAAAAGGUCUUGUUAAUGGCGUGAUUCUCGUGAAUUAAUCACAAAAGAAAAAACCCCAUUAUUGUGCACAAAUGCGUACGAUUUAUGGAUUUACUUUGGGCUUGAUAUCUUCAUUUCUAGGUUUGUGAGACUUUCACUGAAGGGCAUCCCAUACUUUACAAACACAUUUCAAACUCUUACACACACACACAAACGUGCACGCACAUGUGCACACAGGGACAGACACUUGUUUCACAGACUUGUUGCAUAGGAUUACAUCAGCACAAUGUCAUACGUGGGGUUGCAAGUUGCAUGGGAUGACCUUACCACAGUUUCAUAUGUUUCACCUCUUGUUAGAAUCAGAGCCUUAUCUACUAUGCCCUCUGUACUGUGUGCUAGCAUACUGUGUCCUAUUUACUGUUAGCACACUGUUUAGUACGUGAGAUGCAGUAUGCUAAAAAUAUCCGCCACUAUUUUUCCAAUCGCAUGGAAAGGCGCUGAUUCCGACAAAGCCUAUUUUCCUAUUGAUCUGCACUGCCAUGUCCUAAAGGCUUUGGCACGUCCAUGUGGUUUAAUAAUUGCAUUGUUAAUUAUGUUUUUGGCUGGCCCGCAACAGUGGGGCCAGCCCUACAAACGCGAAUGUCUAUGACUGAGUGACUGAGUCGGCCAGAGAGGUCCAGCCGUAUACUAGGUUUUGACCUGGUCUUGUUUAUCAUCCGGUUGUAUUGGGGUGCGAUGUGUUUCCAUUUGUGACCAAAAGAGGGCAGUGUAUUGCUGUUUCAAUGAACUCUUAAGUUUUUUUUUUUUUCUGAAUGUCUUGAUGCAAACAUUAUUAUUAUUAUUAUUAUUAUUAUUAUUAUUAUUAUUAUUAUUAUUAUUAUUAUUAUUAUUAUUAUUAUUAAUAAGCCUAAGGUAGCAGGAGGACAGAAACGCUAGUCAUUGGGAUAAACAAGAAAGGCUAUUUUAUUAUUUACUAUGAUAUGGGGGGGCGGGGAUGCUUGGAAACUCCCUGUGCAGACAGUGUACCUCUGUUUGGUGGUCUGUUUUAAUAGUGGUAUAUUUUACACCUGAGCCCAGUGUAUUUUUAAACCCGGCGUGGUAUACGGCACUUUCUCAAUAAGACAGGAGCGGUGACUCACACGGCUCGCAGGAAGAACGAUUUCGAUUGACCAAAAUCCAGUUAUUGGCCCUUCGGUCCCGCGGGUUGCCCAGAGCUCUUCAGAGCACCAAUAAAAGACGGGAAGCGGCAGUUACAUUAGUCCAAUUAAAGGCAGUAACUCGAUGAGUCGGGCAGUUCAGGUGCUCCGGUGGAAGUCAGCGCUCUGAGAAGGUCGCGCUUGCUGAGAUAAGACCAUAAGACUCGCCUGUCCAUGAGCCCUGGCCUGCAUUUCCUGUGUAAAUGCCAUAUGCGAUAGCCUGAUGUCAUUAUUGCAGACAUAGCAUGUCACACAAAAGUGUUUGCUCCUAGAUGGGUUCCUCUCCCUGUGUAAACAUAACCCGUGCUACGGAUGUUGGCUGCAAUCUGUUCGGAUUUACACGGCAGCCAUUUUGGCCCAUAACAUAACCAUAUGUCCUUAAUCGGGGGGGGGGGGAUGAAAGACAGGUGAUCUGCGUCGAUUCCAGAAGGAAAGGUAGUCAGAUUCCUGCAGCAGAACAGACAUACCAGCACUGAAAGAGAAAACUCGAGGGGAAAAAAAUCAGUUUCACAAACUGUUUCGGUAGUUUAUUUUAACAGUGAAAAAAAAAAGAUAACAAUGAAAACCUUUCAGUCCACCGUUCAGCCAAAACAUUCAUCAACAAAACAGGAGAAGAGGAAAUUCAGAAUCCUGGUCAUGUGGAGCAUAAUCUAAAUCAAGUGACACGGUGCCUCGAGUAAUUAGCCGGACGAUGCAAGCGACGUGAGCAAGUUUGUUAGCAGCCGUUUAAGUGCCAAUUACGAACAAUUACAGUGUACGUGCACAUCAAUUUGUAGCCUUCAAUUAAUGUUUAAGCUUUCUGGGCAGAAAUAGUCUGUGCAAACGAGCUUCAUGGGAAAGCGCGGGAGACUGAGCUCACUGUAAUGGCUCCGUUAGUAUUUUUUUUGUUGUUAUUUUAACUGAAUUUAAUUGAAUAUACUGUAUCGGUGAGGAGUGCACGAUAGACGUGGAAACAUUGGCGGGUCUCGCGGACAAAGCGCUGUCUGGUUUCAUUCCGAUUGGUCCUUGAACCUUGGAUCAACGACGUCUCAGCACCGAGAUCACCUUGGUUUAUUGUCUUCCACUUGGAACAGCCAUAAAAAAAAAAUGUUUUGUGUGCUGUCCGCUAGUCAAAGGUGUCUGAGAAAGACAGAACUCACAUUGCUAUAAUGGCUGACCAUCGCUUGACGCUCUCUGUUCAGCGAGAAAGUAUGUCUCAAACAAACAAGCCGGGUCCCUAAUACAAAGAUGUUUUGAAAACCUGACAUACCUUCACACGACAGAAAAAAAAAAAUCAAUAUUACUUUCUCAAGAAUUUUAUAAAAGCUUUUUGGGAACUUUUUGCCCUUCAAAUUGCCCUUUUACUGAAAGCUGAUCAACUCUCAAAAUGCAGACAUUUUUUUAUUUAUUAUUGUUGUCAUUUUAUUCUUUUAUUUAUUUAGCAGGGCUGUUUUUCUUUUUUUCUUUUUACUUUACAGAAAAUCACGUUCUGUCCUGAUGUUAUUUAUAAAAGAGUGCUGGUCAUUUCCAAGAUAGCCACGUGUAUUACAUGUAUUACUGUAUGUAUUGUGAAACUGAAUUACUUUCCUAAUGUAGAGCUGUGGACUGCAUGUUCAGCUAUAGCCCUGCUGGAUUAGGGCUGCUCAGUGGGCUAGUGGGAUACCCUUUAUCUGUCCUUCUCCACAGUGGUAAUCAGGCCUAGGCCUCAGCCCCCCCCCCUUUUAUAAGCAGCAAUUGCCUGAACAAACAACAGAACAAAGCUUGGGGUUCCUUGUUUAACUGUGAGCAAAAAUGUUACCAGCCUCCUCCUCCUGAUAGUGUCUAUGUCUAGACGACGUAGAGAACGUUUAGUUUAUUCAGUCUCGUAGAAGCCACUUUAAUAAUUGAAAAAAAGAAACAAGUAAUUAUUUUGCAAAAGAUGGGACAGAAGAGAAAGGCAAUGGAAGCUAUCAGCUCUAAGAAUUAAAGCAAGAAGAUGAAAAUCGAUUAUUUCACAAAGGUCCCACCGCUAUCUUUAGAGUGGCACUUGGAAGUCGGAAUGAGAUUACUCCACCCUCUGAGUGUAGAGAGAGAGAGAGAGAGAGACAGAGAGAAAUAGAAAGAGAGAGAGAGAGAGAUUUGUGUUUUGUGGCUUUACUUAGCUUCUUGGGGAGAUAACUCUUAUCAAGGCGGCUUUAUCAGUUUGAUUCAUGUCUGAGACUGGCACAGGUGGAGUCAUAGUCCCCAUCUACCCAAAUACACCCCCACCCCCCGAUCCCCACCCCACCCCUCUCCCCUCUCUGCAGAGUGUUUUCUAUAAAAGGGCUUUUGGCUGAGAUAAGAUAGUGUCGAGGCUGAACUGGAGUUUUUUUUUUAGAUAAAAGAGAUUACAUAUAUAAGGACACACACAGAACAAAAAAAAAAAAAAAAACCCUGCCCCAGAGAUGGAUUCCAGAUGGAAACUGAUCUAGAACCCUCUGGCUGCCAUGUCAGAGUGAAGUUUUGGCCCAGUUACGUGCGCAUGAUAUUACCUAUGGGACAGGAAACGGUAUAGAAGCAUGUAUUUGCAUAAACAGAAGCUGUAUUUCAAUAAGUUACAUUUCAAAAAUGCAACAUUGUUUGCCGCCACUGUAAUACAGUAAUGUUACACAUAUUAAGCAUAGCAUGCAAUGGCUACAGAUUCUCAUAAACAAAUAGGAAAACUCAGUAAAGUGUGUGCUUUAUUAUUCUUUUUUUGUAUAUUUUGCACAUAUAGGCUUGAAUGUCUGCUAUAUAUAUUUUUUAAACAUUUACUUACUAAGAAUGUAUUAUAAAGGAUAUGGCUAAAACACUGAAAACUGAAAAAUAAAUUGUAUGAUGGGC